GGCAGUAGCGCGGGGUCGGAGUGCAGCGCGGCGCUCAAAAAUCUGGCGGGAGUCAUCGUCAUUGGCAUUCCGCCCGACUCCAGUCACUCCGACCACGCGUUAUAACCUCGCCCGCGCCCAAUUGACCCGCACGCCGUUGACCCUCAUACGAUUGACCCUCACACGACUGACCAGCACCCAAUCCCCCAUCAUGUCGUUCCCCACCCUGCAUGCCCGCGCCGAGGCCAAGCCGUUCGAGCACCGCUCGUGCCUGACGCCGACGACGACCAAGAAGCUGAUUGACGCCGGCUACACGGUCAACGUCGAGCGCAGCCCCACCGAUCCCGACUACGAGCGCAUCUUCAAGGACGCCGAGUUCGAGGCCGCCGGCGCCACGCUGGUGCCCGAGGGCUCGUGGACCAAGGCCCCGCGCGACCACAUCAUCAUCGGCCUCAAGGAGCUGCCCGAGGAGGACUGGCCGCUGGAGCACACCAUGGUGCACUUUGCCCACUGCUACAAGCAGCAGGGCGGCUGGGACACGGUGCUGGCCCGCUUCCCGCGCGGCGGCGGCGUGCUGUACGAUCUGGAGUUUCUGCAGGACGACACCGGCAGGCGUGUUGCUGCCUUUGGCUACCACGCUGGCUUUGCUGGCGCCGCGCUGGCCGUGAAGACCUGGGCCUGGCAGCUCACCCACCCCAACGGCGAGCCCCUGCCCGGCAUCGCCACCUUUACCGACGGCCGCGGCUACUACAACACCGAGAGCGACCUGAUCGCACAGCUCAAGGAAGACGUCGCCGCGGGCGAGAAGAUCGCCGGCCGCAAGCCCACCAGCCUGGUCCUGGGCGCGCUGGGCCGCUGUGGCUCGGGCGCCGUCGACCUGCUUGAAAAGGUCGGCUGCAGCGCGAUCAAGAAAUGGGAUCUUGCAGAGACGCGCUCGCGCCCCGGCCCAUACCCCGAGAUCGUCGAGUCCGACAUCUUCGUCAACUGCAUCUAUCUGUCCGACCCGAUCCCGCCGUUCGUCGACGCGGCGAGCCUGCGCGCGCCCGGCCGCGCGCUCAGCGUCGUCUGCGAUGUGUCCUGCGACACGACGAACCCGCACAACCCCAUCCCCAUCUACAACAUCAACACGACGUUCGACAAGCCGACGGUCGGCGUCGAGGUCGAGGGCGACGGGCCCCGGCUGAGCGUGAUCUCGAUUGAUCACUUGCCAUCGGCGCUGCCAAGGGAGAGCAGCGAGGCGUUUAGCGAUGCGCUGCUGCCGAGUCUGAUGGCGUUGAAGGAUAAGGAGAGUACGCCGGUGUGGCAGCGCGCCGAGAAGCUGUUCAGGGAGAAGGUUGGGACGCUGCCGGGCGGCGUGCCGAAGGUCGAGGUGUAGAUGCAGGACUCGUAGGGGUUGCUGAUCUGUAGUGAAAAUAGUGAGGACGCAUAGAGUACCGCGCCUGAAUGAAUUACGCUGUAAAGCCAUUAAUAUUCUGUGAGGUGCAUUCGCUUCGAGGAACCCACCUCACCCACAUCAGCCAUUGUGGAUCGCAUGGCGGAGAUUCUGAGGCAGCACCUCCCAAGCACACAAUUGACUGUCUGCAAAGCAGACUCUACAAUCCAAUAGCCUAUCAAUCGUCCACUGUUCAGACGCCCUAAGAAAGUGCCCUUGCAGGGUUGUCAGC